GGCGGAAUGAAAGUGUCUCAAUUUAACUUUAACACAUCCACUCCCUAAAAACAGCGAGCGGCUGCAGCUCAGAAAAGAGCUCAAUCAUGACUCAUGAUGGUGACUGGAAAAUGGCCGACGAUGGAGCUGAGAGCGACCAGCACCAUCCUCUCAUUCUGGAAAGAGUGGAGAAAGAUACAGAGAAUAACUGGCGGACUGCUGUGUCCCAUCGGCUAAAGAAACACUGCUCGUGCACCUCAAAGAAAGCAAAAUCCAAAAUAUUAGGCUUCGUCCCGAUUCUGAAAUGGCUGCCACGCUAUCAGAUCAGGGACUGGCUGCUGGGUGAUGCUAUGUCGGGAGUGAUUGUUGGAAUCCUAUUGGUCCCUCAAUCUAUAGCCUACUCCUUAUUGGCCAGUCAGGACCCCAUUUAUGGUCUCUACACUUCAUUCUUUGCAUCCAUCAUCUACGCCUUCUUAGGCACUUCUAGACACAUCUCAGUGGGGAUUUUUGGAGUGCUCUGCCUGCUGGUGGGUCAGGUUGUGGAUAGGGAAUUAGCUUUGGCAGGAUAUCUCACAGAGAGCAGCAGCAGUGGAAACAUCAGUGGUGUCCUGCUGGCCGGCCAGGUGAAUGGCAGCUUUGGGGUUGAAUGUGACAGGAGCUGCUAUGCAAUCACUGUGGGAGCCACGGUUACCUUCACCGCUGGAGUUUAUCAGGUGCUGAUGGGUAUUUUCCAGGUAGGCUUCGUCUCCGUCUACCUCUCCGACUCCCUUCUCAGCGGCUUCGCUACAGGAGCCUCCCUCACCAUCCUCACUUCCCAGUUCAAGUACCUCCUGGGCCUGAAAAUACCAAGAGCACAGGGCUGGUUCACUCUGUUCAAGACCUGGUACAGCCUGUUCGCCAACCUGGGGAACACCAACAUCUGUGACCUGGUGACCAGUUUGGUGUGUUUAGUGGUACUGAUACCUACCAAGGAGCUCAAUGAUCGGUUCAAAUCCAAGUUAAAGGCUCCAAUCCCCUUUGAGCUCUUUGUGGUGAUAAUUGCUACACUGGCGUCUCAUUUUGGCCGUUUCAACGAGGAUUAUGGGUCAGGUGUGUCUGGUGACAUCCCCACGGGCUUCCUCCCCCCAAAGAUGCCCUUAUGGUCUCUCAUCCCCAACGUGGCUGUCGACGCAUUCUCGAUUGCUAUUGUGGGAUUCGCCAUGACGGUCUCGCUGUCAGAGAUGUUUGCCAAGAAGCACGGCUACAAAGUGGACGCCAAUCAGGAGAUGUACGCCAUUGGCUUCUGCAACAUCCUGCCAUCGUUCUUCCGCUGCUUCGUCACCAGCGCAGCGCUGACUAAAACCCUCGUUAAGGAGUCAACAGGAUGCCAGACUCAGGUAUCAGGGUUGAUCAGCGCCCUCGUCCUACUGCUGGUGCUGCUGGUUAUCGCACCGCUCUUCUAUUCCCUUCAGAAAUGUGUAUUAGCCGUCAUCAUCGUGGUAAACCUCCGUGGCGCUCUACAGAAGUUCAAAGAUAUUCCCCGUAUGUGGCGCGUCAACCGUGUCGAUACAUCCAUCUGGCUGAUCACCAUGGCGACGUCGGCGCUGGUUAACACGGAGCUGGGUCUCCUCAUUGGGGCGUUAGUGUCAGCCUUCUGUGUCCUGGGCCGAACCCAGCAGGCUCAGGUCCUGGAGCUGGGCCGAGCUACGAACAGGGAGCAUUACGAAGACCUUUCUUCUUACCGAGGCCUUCAGAAACGUCCUGGAGUGGCAGUUUUCAGAUAUGACGCUCCGAUCUAUUACGCAAACCAGAGCUUGUUCAAGAAAUCUCUCUACAGGUGCGUAGGGCUCGACCCCGUGAAGGAGAAAGCACGGCGAGUGAAGUUCGAGAGGAAGAAGAGCAAACAGCUGGAUGAUGUGACAGCAGUCCCAGAAGAUAAUGAGGCAGCAGGGAAAGAGGACGGCGAACCAAAUGCGACUGUUACCUUGAUGCUCGACGAGAAAUCUGCCUCCAGAUUACACAGUUUAGUGAUCGACUGCAGCGCCAUCUUGUUUCUAGAUACGGCUGGAGUGAACGCUCUCAAAGAGGUCCGCAAAGAUUACGGAGAACUUGCGGUCAGGGUUGUCCUGGCUCAGUGUAAUACCUCAGUACUGGAUGCUCUCGAAAGAGGAGGAUACUACCCUGACAUAAAAGAGGGUGAUGGAGAAGGAAGCAAAAUGAUCUUCUUCACCAUCGAAGACGCCGUCCACUACGUCCAAAGCCUUUCUGCUCCCAACGGCAGUUACGACACCAAAUGUUAA